AUGCAAAGGGAGUUUGCCACACACUUGCAAAGACGCCGACGACGUCGCGUCAUCUCUCUCUCUCUCUCUCUCUCUCUCUCUCUCUCUCUCUUCGGUCGUUUCCGAUUGACGCCACAGCCUCGGGCCACACGUUCCGUUGGCGAGCGUUGUGGAAGGAUCGGCGGACUGCGUCACAUUUCCACCAUGUUUGGACCGUCAUACACAUCCGUGACUCGGCGACCGAGCCGUCAAUGCCAGCCAUCUACGCUGACCUGCUCCUUGCUUGCUUUGGGAGUAUUGGGCCUUUUGAUCAGCGGCUCAGCGGCCCAGGAAGUUUCAUUGCACAUCAACUACUCAGCCGAUCCCGUAUCUAUCCCCAGCAAUAUCAGCUUUGUCAUCGCCCCAAAGGGAUACAACGCGGAACGUUUUCGCAUUAGCCUGUGGCGUUGCUUCGGUCUGGACGCGUCUCGCGACGAUGAGCCCCACGAUGAUCAAUGGGUGAUGAUUUGUCACCGAGGCACCCAAUGCAGCAAUAGUACUUCUCAGUUGCUAACGCCCGGAAAUUGUACCACCCGCAUCGAGGUGCAGGACGACGUCCACCUUUUCGACCCCGUGGUCCGCACGCGCACCUAUUUUGUCCCUGCCCACCUGGACGGCGUGCAGCUUAUACUCGGCAACGCCACCACCUUCAAUGAGCUCUUUGUGCGCGUUGGUCAGCCCGUGGAUGUGCAUGUUACACCACUGCCUACCAUUGACUUGACUGGCGUCGUGAAAUUGCAGCUUCAAUUUGGCGACCAACAAAAUGCCACAGAGUACAACGUUUCUCAGCCCACGCUGGUCGUCUCCCACGUUUUUCAGGAACCUGGUAUUUUCAAUAUCACGUCUCAGGCCACGAACAACGUUAGUGCUGCCAGUGACGCCAAGACCAUCUGCGUGGUGCGACCACCCUCCUACGUCCACCUACGCCAUGACGGCAAUGACUUGACCCCGCACCAGCACAUCAACUUUACUGUGGUGACCGACGGCACCGACGCCAAUUACACGUGGGAUUUUGGAGGGGACGAGGUUUACAUCAGCUAUGAGCCCUUUUACUCAUAUGCCUUUGCAGAUAAAGGCAGCCACAACAUUACGGUCACCGUGGCCGGCCCAUUUGGUGCUGCCCUCAACUCUACCGCCAUCGUCAUCAACCCGGCCGUGUCGACGGAGCAGACCAUAGCCAUCACCAUCCCCAUCACUCUUGCUUGUAUUGGACUGCUGCUCGUUGGCCUCAUUAUUCGCUAUCGACGCAUCAUAUUCGCUCGCCGUGGCGUGGAAAAGGCCGAGUUCAGCUUCCUGCCUUUUGGACAGGAAUCGGAGCAUUCGGCACGUCGGCGGGGAUGGAUGCCCUCACUCUUCACACCCUCGCAGUCCACGCGAACCUAUGGCACGGUGGAGAUGUACGAUGACUUGUAA